AUGACUGCACUCUCAGGCAUCGACUACAAAGAUACUCUCGAGGCAAACGAACCGGACGGAACAAUGAGCACUCGUGUUUAGGUUUAGUUUAGAAAUACAGCCCUGUCGUGUGGGUUUUUAUCUUUUUUUUUUUUUUUUAAUUUUGUGUAGAUCUAUUAGUUUUGACUCACACGUUUUAUUCGGUGCCGUAGGGUUUUUUUUUGUUUGUUUGUUUUUUGUGCAGUGUUUUGUCAUCAUGUGGAAACUACCUGCCGCCAUCCUCGUGUUGUCGCUUCUAAAAGUGUCCGAGUGUAUUCAGGUCAUUGUUCCUGACCAGCAGCGCAGCACAGCUCUGUUUGCCUCAGUCAUCCUCCGCUGUGACUACAGCACCUCAGCAAACCUCCAAGAUGUUCUGGUCACCUGGAGGUACAAGUCCUUCUGUAAGGACCCUGUGCUGGAUUACUAUACCACAGCGUACCAGACUGCACUACAGUUAGGACAGGACCCAUCGAAUGACUGUCCAGAUCGUCAGCGGAAGGUGCGCACUGUGAUCCAGAAGAAAGGAAGCAGCGAGCCAACACUGGGACCAGACUACAGAGAACGCAAGAUCACCAUCCAAAACAAGGCCGACCUGGUGAUCAGUGAGGUGAUGUGGUGGGACAACGGGGUGUACUUCUGCACUGUGGAUGCUGCUGGAGACACCACUGGAAACUCUGAAAAAGAAGUCAAACUCAUCGUCUACCACUGGUUGACAGUGUUGUUCAUCAUCAUUGGAGCCAUCCUCCUGAUCAUUCUCUUCGGUAUCUGCUGCUGCCAGUGCUGCCCUCAGAAAUGCUGCUGCUACGUGCGCUGUCCCUGCUGCCCACAGCAAUGCUGCUGUCCUGAAAAAGUGGUGAUGCAGCAUCGUAUGAUGAAGGAGGCUCAGAGGGCCAUGGCUCCCUGGGUAGGAGGACACCCGGUAUAUGGACCAAUGAGCCACGCUUCCUCCCAGAUGAACCCACUGCUCUACUCAGGAUCUGUUUCAGGGAAGAGCAUCCCUUUAAAGCCAAUGCCCCUCCCUCCUCCUCAGUCUUUAGCUUACAGCAUGCCCCCUCCCAGUGCCCCUGGCACCCACACCCCUGCCAACACCAAUCAGAUGCUUGAUUACCUGGAGAGCCAGGUUAGGGGGAUGGACAUGACCAGUCCUCUGCUACAGUCCCAGCCACCUGCACCUCCCCACAUGCAGCAGAUGCCACCCCCUCCCCAGCACAUGCCUGUCACCGUCCCAUUUUCUGCCGGCCCUCCCAGCAUGAUCUCUGCCCUCAAUGAUGGCCCAGCAGAGCGCCGUGUCAUCACGCUUCCUCCGAUAAGGGAGCAGCACUCAGGCAGAGUGCCACCCCCUGCGCCCAAGACCCGCCCCCCGAGCUCCAGCGAGAGCAGCCGCAGCGGCUUCGGCCGCCGUGAUGAGCGAGGAGCGGCGGGUAGGCGUUACCCCUCUCCCACAAGAUCCAGAGGCAUUCCCCGGAGCUACAGCCAGGACUCACUGGAUGGGAGGAGUCACAGCAGGGCACGAGAAGGCAUGGACCGUCCCCGCUCCCGUUCCAGGGAUGACCUGUUUGACAGCAGGUCCAGAGGAAACUACUCACCCCCUACAUCACGGCACACGAGACGUGGGUCCUGGAGCUCUGAUGAUGAGGGCAGCAGCAGGAGGGGAGGAGGAGGUAGGAGAGGAGGCGGAGGCUGGGGUGACAAACCUCCCAGCUACACCGAGUACGAGCCUGGACUGAAACCUGGAGCACGGAAGAAUGAACGCUACUCUGACAAGAGUUCUCGCAGUGGCACCAGCGUCGUCAUCUGAACCCUCCAGCUGUGAAACGCCCUGUGACCUCUGUUUCAGAGAACACGCACUCCUCACUUGAACUGGGAGACUUGUUGUCUGGCUACGGGUAAACAUUUAAAUGCCACCAUUUUUAUGCAUUAAAAUGAAUCAUGAACCAACUAUUUUAUUGCAUUUUGAUAAGUGAAAACCUUGCAGAGGGAUUCAUACAAUGUGAGAUUCAGCCUGGAAUAGUCCUCCUCAGCAUGUGCAGGUGGUGAAGAAAAUGUUUGAUGUCAAUAAGGAAACCCACUGGGACUUGUGGACAGGUUUUUGGGAUAUCUCCCUCUGCUGGUUCAUCAGUGUAAUGAAACUAUUUUGAAGUAAUUUGGUGUAAAAGCCUCCUGAUUAUUCUUAUAUGUGGCUCUAGAAUUGAUGUUUAAACUCUAUUUGUUUGGCAGUAACACAGUUAAUCUUACAUGGAUAAAGCCAUAAACCAAUAACCAUUAAUUGUAGAAGAAAUUCUCUCUCAGGGCCAGUAAUCAUAUUACACUUACUGUUACAACAGAGCUAUUUAAACCCACAUAAAUAUGAAUACAUGCUUAUGGAUGCUGAAAUUAGUUUUUAUCAUUUUUGUAAAUAGUUAUUUUUCAUAUCUCCUGGAAGUCUUGAAGUGACAUAAGUGUGUUUGUUUGUGUGAAGAAAAGGUGUGUAGCAUUAGCAUCUGUACAGAUAAUGACAAAAUAAAGAUAAGAUGAAUGAAGUAUUUACACGUAGUGCUUAUGAAUAACAAUAAACACUGUGUGUAAAUAAGGUUUUAACCUGGUGUUGACUUGGGAAAUUAAGUAAUGUCAACAUUUAACAUUUAAUUUUCUUUUCUUUUUUUUUUCCCCAGUAAACCCUUUUGUGUAUCAUGGUAUAUUUCAGAAACACUCAAGCUGUUGACUCUUCCAAUAAUAAUUUUAAGGAUUUCCCCCCACCCCCUUUUUUGUUUUUA